GCAAUGGUGCAUGUGUCACAGCAACUAUGACUGGAGCUGCCUUCUUCUGUAUAUGUUAUCAGCUACGAAAGUUCAACAAAAUUAUGUUCCAUCUCCAUGUAAGCCAGCAAAUCUCCUGACACGGUUGGCUGAGCUACCGAGUCAUGCUGAGUGGGUUCUAAGAGAUUAAAAAAGAUGAAUCUCCACUCAACCAUUUGGAGAUUCAUUAUAAUAUUUCUAAGUUAUUCCAUAAAGCGCUGCCCUCUGCUCCCUGCUGACUGCCUACACUUCAAUAACCUUGGCUACCUGACAGUAGAGCCAGCUCCACUCUUCCUCAUAGGCUCAAACCUGACCGUGUACUGCCACCUCACAAAAUGUGAGAGGUCUAAAAUAUACCUGGAGCUGAAUUCUGAGACUGUGGCUCCUGGGAAGAAAGUAAACUGCACCAUGACGAUUUUCAAUUUGUUCAAGUUCCGGACACCACAAUCUAUAGUGUACUGCAUGCUCCAGAGUGAUAAUGAUGAUGAUGAUGAUGUUGUCAGUGGACUGGACCUACAAGGCGGUCUCCCUCCAGAUAAACCUAAAAAUAUUAUCUGUGAAACGUCAAGGAGCUCAGAUUUUAUAAACUGCUCUUGGGAAAGAGGAAAGGAAACGCACCUCCCUACUGUCUACAACAUUUCAAUCUACAGAGAAAAUGGGACCCAGAUACUGCUAGAUCCAAUCAAAGGUGCUAAAGAAAUCACCAUACCACGAGCAAUGAUGGAUGAAAACACUAAAUACCAGUUAAAUAUCACGGCCUACAACCACUUUGGAGUCUCAGAGUCUGAUCCAGUCAUCCUCUGUGUAAAAGAUAUAGUGAUACCAGAGACCCCUCAUAUUGUGCAGAUAAAGUUUGUGAGUAACUCCACAGCAGCCACAUUGCAAUGGAAAACCACUGAAUACUCAGAACGUCUCAGAUCCUACGUCAGGCUCCGCACACAUCACAGCUCCUGGAAAUCGGGAGAGGGAACAGAGCUCAGUGAGGGUCUGAUACAAGUGGACGGCCUGAAGCCUCUGACUGAAUAUGAGUUCCAGAUGAGAACAUGUAGGUCAACAUCAGGACUGACACAUACCAGCUUCAUGCCCAGGUCAUCCACCAGCAAAAGGUUGUUCUGCAGCAAAUGGAGCCCAUCUGUGAGGGGGGAAAGCCCUGGGAAAGGUCCAUCUCAGCAGUUGCAUGUGUGGAGGAUAUUAGGCAGCCAGGGGACCAAUGGGGAGCAGAUGGUGACAGUUUUGUGGAAGCCUCCAUCGCCAGAGGAUCACAGUGGCGAGGUGCAACAGUACCAGACCUUUCUGGGUAAUAAACAGCAUAUGACCUGUAGUGCUGCUUUAAACCACUGUUUGGUUAAGGUACCAGCAGAGGUCCAGGCACUAAGCAUCAGUGCUGUCACCUUGUAUGGGGCAUCUCCACCAGCGGCUGUGCCACUCAAACAUUCAGGCGAUUUUGAACCCAUUUUGAGAGAGUUGGCUCCUGCAGCUAAUGGCAGUGCUGUGUUGGUCUCCUGGUCGUGGCCGGGAAGCAAACACUUGUCAACUGGAGGAGAAGUGCUGCACUAUGUGUUAGAAUGGACGAGUGUAUCUGUGGCAGAACUGCACUGGCAAAAACUGCCUAAAGAUCAAAACAAUACAUCCAUCACAGGUCUGACUGCAGGUGUGAGGUACAAUAUCUCUCUGUAUGCUGUGACCACCAGAGGUGUUAGUGCUCCAUCAUCCGGUCUGGUCUACUCCAAAGAACAGAAGCCAGUUUCUGGUCCCAACUUAUCAGUACUGGUUCAUGAGGCCAGAAGAAUCCUGAUCCAGUGGGACGAACUUCCUGUAAAUCACCAGAGAGGCUUCAUCACAAACUACACUAUCUACCUCCAGAUGUUGGACUCAGGCAACGAGGAACUCAGUAUGAUGGUGUCUGGCUUUGGGUCCAGACAGAAAUGGCUGGACUGUCCUGAAGGAGCUCUGGCUCUGCAGCUGACCGCAUCCACCUCAGCAGGAGAAGGGCCGCGGGGCACCCGGAUCUAUUUUCAGCUUGCAACCCCUGCAGCUGGCCUGGUGCUUGGGAUUAUUUUCUUCAUUACCGUCUUUCUAGCAAUCAUAGCCAACCUGAUGUGCUGGAGCUGUGUGAGGAGAAGAAUCAAACAGAAAUGUAUCUCCUGGGGACCGGCCUGGUUUAAUGAACACCUACCAAAACCAGGAAACAGUAUCGCCAUCAGACUACUGGAGCAGGAUGAAAGUGACCUGCCGUUAUCGUCCACCUACAGUGACCCUCCAUUGUCCCCCGUCAGUCUCAUCUCCCAGGAGGAAAGGGACCACGUCUAUCCCAACGUCCAUGUCGAAAUAUCCCAGGUUGGAUCAGGACAACCCACAGUGGAGACACAUUCUCUGAUGUCAGAUCCUGAAACAAUGCUUGUUGACAGCCAGCUGGAAGUCGUCAGCUACAAACCCCAGAUUGCCACACUGGCUGCACAAGAACAGGAUUGGAUGCAGACAGAAGAAGAGGAGAGGGACGUACCAACACAUGAGGAGGAAGAUGAGUGUUCAGAUGUAUUUGGAGGAUUACCUGGAGGCUUUUUUUCCCAUGUUAAGGUGGAUUUUUCUGAUUCUCUGGGGCUGACUCUCAGAUCUGUUAGCAGCCCUUUGUGGCCUACAACUCCUGAAACAACAAGUGUCUUGAAUGGAGGCUUCUUUCUGGGGUGGAAGGGGACUGAGAACGAUGUGGAAGCAGACUGUCCCACUCUGGAUUUACAACAGGGUGAAAUAAUGACUCCUGACACAGCAGACACAACUCAGGAUACACUUGAGACAACACUGACUUAUGGUUACUUCCCUCAGGUAGCUGUUGUCAGCAGCACUACACUCUGUGACACACAGAGGUAGCAAGGACGUUGGGUAUCAAUCUGCACUACUAAACUGAUUUUCAAAAAAGCAUUAUUCAAGUUUACCACUCGACCUCACUGACUUUGUGUAAUCAGAGAAAACAUUGCUUCAUAUGAACUAUACUCAGCUCUUUUAAAAACCAAGUUAAUAAAUAAAGUUUUACUUCUUAUACGUGUGUAGCAAUUCCUUACUAUAGUUAUGUUGGCACUACAUUUUAUAUAGACAUGAUUAACAAAGUUAACUUAAUCACCACUGAUGCUUUGAAGGUCCAGUGUGUAACAUUUAGGAUGAUCUAUUGGCAGAAAUCAAUGUAUGAAUAUAAUAUGUAUGUAUCAUCACUUGAAUAUCGGCAUCUUUGUGAUACCUUAGAAUGAGCCCUUUUUAUCUACAGACACUCUGGGUCGCCUUCCAUGGAGUCCGCUAUGUUGAACCGCCAUGUUUCUACAGUAGCCCAGAAGGGACAAACCAAACAUGGGCUCUAGAUAGGGGGCAAUCAUGUUUUUUGCACGUUUCGGGACCUCCGUAGUUUCUCCUUUGCACUUGGAAAGGGAGGCUGAAGCAAGCUAAAUCCUACACACUGGUCCUUUAAAUAUCAGUAAUUCAUACAGAGAGAGUCAGGUCAUUUGUAUUAAUCCACCUGCAGUAGAACGGCCUCCUGUCAGCUUGUCAACCCACCACUUUGGUCCUGACUGAAUUAUUUCAACAACUAUUUGAUGGAUUGCCAUGAAACAUUGUUCAUUUUGUUUUCAGGUAUUCAUCUUCCUCAGAAGACGAACCCUGCUGACUUUGAUGAUCCCCUAUAUUUCCAUUUAGCACCACCAGCCUUUUAAAGUUUUCACACACCCAGUGAAAUAUCUCAACAUCUACUGGAUGGAUAAGCACACAAUGUGGUGCAGACAUUCAUGUUUCCCAGAGA